AUGUUCGGCUACAAGAUCUUCGCUGUCGCUGCGCUUGCGCUGGCUGUCGUUGCCACUGACUCUGUCUGCGCUCCCGCUGCCACCGUGACUGUCACUGUUACCCAGUGCGUCCCCGAGCCCGGCAAGCCGUCGUAUGAGCCAGUCCCAGCUCCGUCAGCUGCCUCCUCUACUCCCGCUAUGUCGGUUGUCUCCUCGACUCUGCUCAGCGGACCGCCUGUAGCUACCACUACUAGCGUUAUCCUGCCUCCCUCAGGACGACCAAUUCCUACCACCGACGUCCCCGCUGGCGAGUCCUCUAGUGCUACUACCACGACUCUCAUGGUUCCCUCAUCCUCAGGUCGCCCUGGUGAGCCCACAACCACUGCCGUCGAAACCGCUGGCGCCGCUCUCGCAACGCCUGUCGUCGGUAUGGGCUCGCUCGUUGCCAUGGGUGCUGCAGCCCUGGCUAUCAUGGCCUAG